AUGUGGAAAAAGCCAACUAGUGGAAGAGUUAAGAUAAACGUUGAUGCAGCGUUCAGCCCGGAGAAUAUGACGGGAGCUACUGGGGCAGUAGCUCGAGAUGAUAGAGGAGAUUUUAUUGCAGCAACAUCAUGUUUUAUAUCGCAUGUUACAUCAGCUAAAUCUGCGGAGGUGGUGGCUAUUCGUAAUGGACUGAUUUUGGCAAUGACUAUUGGAUGUAACUCUCUUAUUCUGGAAUCAGACAGCUCCAAUGCGGUUGACAUAAUUAACCAGGAGGAUUAUCUGGGCCAAGAAGUGUCCAUAUACAUGGAGUGCAGGCAUUUGGGGUCUGAUUUUGCCAAAGUGGAGGUGAUCCAUUGCUUUCGGGAGGCAAAUAGUGUUGCUGAUUCUAUAGCAAAGAAUGCUCUUAGUACUAGAUCCUCUAUGGUCUGGGAUGAAGGUGUGCCCGACUUUAUUUCCCUUCAAAUUGUAAACGAUCUAGCUAUUGUUUGA